AUGAGUCGCCAUCUAAAGAGAAGCUCAUUUUCUGGCUCCAUACCUUGUCACCGUUUAUGUGAGGAUCUUCCAAAUAUACACCAUGCUAACCAAAAUCUGGACCUUUCUGAACCUGACUAUGCUAGUGAUGAGCCUAGUGGAUCAGAGGAGGUGGCCUUGAGAAGAUCUAGCAAAUUCUUUGUCGAGAAAAGGAGGUCUCAGAAGCUGUUAGGACUGAAAGAUGACUCCUCCAGGGUCAUUAGCAGUGAAUCAAGUACUGAAAUUAUUGAACUAAGAGGACGCUGGACUCUGUCCUCUUUUCAGACAUCUCAUGACCACCACAUUGGGCCAACAAGGCCCAAGAAAGAGCCGAAGCCCAAAAGUACCACCAGGAGCAUCCAGAUUCCAGACGUGCAGCCACCAGCUUGUGAUCUUGUAACCAGUUUAUUCCCUGUUUUGAAGGACAAAGUAAACUCACCUGAGCAAGAACCAUAUGAAAUCUUCCAUGAAGAAGCUCAAAAAAGAUCCACAGGGAAAUUACAGGAACUUGAAGAAGAGAUUGAUGAGCUCCAUGGAGAAAACCCUCUGCUUUCCCAGGUGAAAACAGAGCAAGAGAAAGUAAUGCAAUUUCUCAGAGCACACAUAAAUCACUUCAAGGCAGAAAAGACCAAACAGGUGAGCUUUUCAGAUGAACAUUACAAAGAAGAAAAUUCCCUAACACAGCUUACAAAGGCAAACCUGGAAAGAUGGAUAAAGACAUCUAGAAUCUCUAAAAAGGAUGAUGACUCAAAGGAGAUGUUGAUCUUAAAGAAGCAAAUCAAUAGGCUACAAGAACAGUUCAAGAUAAAUGAAUCCCGGUGGUCCAUGGCUCAUGUCAAACUCCAGAACCAGAUAGAAGUCCUAAUGAAACAGAACCUGGAGCUCCAAGAUGAACUUCGAGCUUCAGAGCAUCAGUGGCUGGAAAUUGCCAAGAAAUCAGUGGCUUUACACUCUGCAAGAAGGAAAUCAGAAUCUCUGGCAUCAGAACCGAUUCUUAGAGGAUCUUCAAGCCUGUCAAAGAAUGAGGGAACACCAAUGCACUCUAGUCCAAAGAGUUGCUUAGGCCUGAGGUUGUCGUCUGAAAAAUGUAUUUCUCUAGAGCCAGAAAGCAAUAAAAUGGAAAGAAUGGAAUCUAAGAAAGCAACAUCAAGAGACCAGAGAGGAAAGACUGUUUCCAGAAAUCUUCGGGUCAGAAGUCCUCCACCUAUUGGAAAGAGAUAUGAUCUGGAAAGAAGAAUCCCACCAUCUGAUCCAGAAAUGGUCAUCCAUCGAUUUCCAAGAAAUCUGCAAAAAGCAAGUUCGAGAAAAUCACCAGUGCCAAUUUCCCCACUUGUCAUGUAUACUGAAGAAAGCUUGGCAGCUUAUGAAAAUGACAGGUCUCCAUGGACCUCUGGGAAUUAUGAAGAUACACUCUUCCUUCGGGUUCGGAAUAAUGAUCACAGGUCAUCUGCCUUCCAUCAGAAUGGAGACACUCAGGUGGGCAAGAGUUAUUCUUCCAAGUGGGCAACAUCCAGAAAACUAUUGCUGUCUAUGAAAAAUAAGAAAAAUGAAGAGGAAAUACAAAAAGAAACAAAGCACCCAGAUGGCAAGGUGGAAUGGAAAUUUUCAGAUGGACGGAAAACAAUCACUUUCCCCAAUGGCACCAAGAAGGAGAUCAGUGCUGAUAAGAAAACAACUAUGGUGAUGUUUCCAAAUGGAGACGUGCAGAAGUUCAUGCCUGAUCAGAGAGUGCUUUAUUAUUAUGCAGAUGCUCAAACAACUCACACCACUUAUCCUGAUGGUCUGGAAGUGCUACAAUUUCCUAAUAAGCAGAUUGAAAAACACCAUCCCAAUGGCACUAAGGAGAUUGUGUUUCCAGAUGGGACAGUGAAACACCUUGGUGUCAGCCAUGAGAAGACUGUGUUCCCCGAUGGCACAUUGGUGAGAGUAGAAAGGAAUGGAGAUAAAACCAUUAUAUUCAGUAAUGGGCAGAAGGAGAUCCAUACUUCACAAUUCAAGAGGAGGGAAUUCCCUGAUGGUACCAUCAAGACUGUAUAUAACACUGGCCAUCAGGAAACGAAGUAUAUCUCGGGCAGGGUUCGAAUCAAAGAUGAAACGGGAAAGACCAUCCUUGACAAGAAGUGAUUUGCCUCUUCUGCAUGUAAAAUUAUGUAGGCAAUUCAGAUGACUUUUUAUUCAGAUUUUCUUUGAUUUUUUUUAGCCGUCUGACCAGAAAGGAGACAUAGAUAAGGGCCUACCAGAAGAGGGGCAUGAGAGAUCUCAAACCCAAUUAAUUAUGUAGAAAUUUUUAAAAGAAAAAUUAUUCCCUUAGUUCUCAAUUUGGAAGGAAAAAAUGUGGUUGUAAUAACACUCUUGAGCCAAUUUUUUGUUCCCAAGGCAAUCGCUCCUGGUCCACUCUAGGUCAUUUAUUCUUUAGUGACCAGAUGUGCCUGCUGUUGGAACACCCUGCUGAGCUCCCUUCUUCUGCCAUGCUUUAUUUGGACUCACCACUUCUUUUCACUUUGUUCAUUCAUGUCUAAACAGCAAUACCUGUCUUAUUUCCAGAGCUACAUUUUUGUACUUGGCUCCAAACACGGUGAACACAGUGAAGGGGCUUAAAACAGUCUUGUAGCAACACCUGUCAGAAGCUCCAGACUCAACCACCUCUCACAUUUCACCUUCAAUUCCCUGGCAGCCACUUACCCUCCUAGCAACUUCAUUCUUAAUCCCAAGUGUGAAAAUGAUUGCAGGAUUUUUACUAACCUUACAAUUUUGUUUCCAUUUUAAGCAACCCAUAGAAUGAAGAAAUAAGCUACUUUUUUUUCUGAAACAAUUAGAGCCCAGAAAAUGUAGGAAAUGAAUAACUUCUUGUAAAUGUUAUCACCGAUGACAGGAUGUGGCCAGACGUGAGUUGCUGAAUAUGCACUCUUGUAUAUUUUUAUGUGAAACGAGAUGUGAUAAUGUAUUUUCAUGCCGAUAGUUAUCUUGGCCCUGGGUGUAUAUUGUACCCGUACUGCUGUGUUCUUUAAGAUACUCUCGUAUUGUUUAAAGAAACUAAAAAUCAAUGUUCUGUCUUGUUAUGAGAAAUAGAAUUUUUUUUUAUUGGUGCAAGGUUACUGCCAUGUUCUUGUAGGUGGAUGCUGAGAGUUCAUUUGUUAGAAAUAAAAGGCACAAAUAAUUCUAAAAA